AUGACAAGCCAAAGCCACGAGCUGCUGCCGCGCAAGGCGGAGGAUUUCCGCAAGCAGGAAUACUGGGACCAGUUCUUCCAGAAGCGAGGCGAGAAGGCCUUCGAGUGGUAUGGAGACUAUGCCUCGCUGCGUCCAGGGCUGCAGGCGCUGCUCGGUCUGCCUGAUGACGCUCCGUCGUCGCUUCUACGUCGCCUCAAGGCCAAAGUGCGUGUACUAGUUGUGGGUUGCGGUAACUCGGCGCUGAGUGCGGAUCUAGCAGCCGACGGCUUCUCCAGCCUCUUGAGUGUGGACUUUAGUGAGCGCGUCAUCGACGAGAUGCGUCGUAAGUACCCGGCGCUGCAGUGGCAAGUGAUGGACAUGACAGACAUGCGUGCACUCGAGGACGCCAGCUUCGACCUGGUGAUGGAUAAGGGCGCAUUGGACGCGCUAAUGGCUGAAGAUACACCCGAGAUUAAACAGGACGCCUCCAAGAUGCUGCGCGAGGUGCGACGUGUGCUGGCGCCUGGCGGUCGCUACCUCUGCGUCACCAUGGCGCAAGAUUUUAUCCUCCAGCAUCUUCUGAGCUUCUUCAGUUUGAAGGAUGUGACAGAGACAGAGCCGACACACUGGAGUGUGGGCGUGCAGGAACUCCCACGUGACGCUCGCAAACUCUUCGCUCCGUUCCUGGCAGCGGCGCUCAAGUGCCCCAAGUCGGACUCCAAGGCUUCCAAGAAGGCGCAAUACAAUGCCAAGCAGUUUGUUAGUGGCGUAGGUGAAGCUCGUCAGCAGUGGCUAACGCACGAAGUGGAAGCCACGCAAUGGUUCGCUAUGACACAGGCAGCUCUUCGUCAGCUGAAGGUUGGACGACAGGAGAUCAUCGAGCUCAUCGCCAACGACGAGAUGGACGCGAACAAGCAUCUGGCAGUGGAAGGCCAAGUCAAUCCACGCUUUACGCUGCGCUUAGUGGACGCUCACUUGCGCGGACCCAACGGUAGCUGCGCCGUGUUCCUGAUCCCGCAAGGCCGCGAGCACGAGUGGAUGUUUUCGACCGAGGAAGGAGCGAACGAGCUUGCGGCUGGAGCUGGAUUCAGUCGCCUUAUUAUUGUCGCGCUUGGUCGUGGUGGCCACGCUUUUGAGAGCACUGCGAAGGUACAGGAGGAGUUGAACGCCAAGGUGAUGGAGCUGGCCCCUGAUACGCUUAGACCAGAUGAGAAGAUCCCGUAUCUGACGGUGGAAGAAGGUCUCGGUGCUCGUAACAUCGUACACCAAGGUACGUCGCCACUCAGUGGUGCAUUCUUCGUGGAGGAAGUACAAGAAGAUGGCGAGACGCUCCGUCGUCUGGUGUUUCUUAGCAACACUAACGUCAUUCAGAGUGAAGUGAAGAUGCUGGCUCGAGGAAGCUCUGCUCCUGUUCCUGUUCUUGCCUCAGUUGAAGCCCCUGCAGCUGUUGAUACGUCCGACAUGACACCGGAGGAGGCUGCGGCAGCCGCCAGGAAGAAGAAAAACAACAAGAAGAAGAACCAGAAGAAGAAAAAGAAGGCUCAGACUAAGCAGGCGAGUGUGGAUACUUCAUACCUGGCAUUCGAUUACCACAAGGGCAUGGUCGCAUCGCUUCACGCGGCUUCGUUAUCUUCCAGAGGAACACCCGACUCGCUACACCGCACAUUGGUGCUUGGUCUCGGCGGUGGCUGUCUGGCCCAGUAUCUCCACGAUAACGUUCCGGGUAUGGAUGUGACAGCGUGUGAGCUGGAUCCGACGAUCGUGACGGUGGCUGAGCAGUACUUUGGCUUCAAGCAGGACGACCGGAUGCGUGUAGUGGUGGCUGAUGCACUCAAGUACGUGGCUGAGCAGUCCUCAGCAGCUGAGAAACCAACGUUUGACUCCAUCGUUGUGGACGUGGACGCCAAGCAGCGCGAUGUGGGCAUGAGUUGUCCACCUGUCAGCUUCGUUGAGGACGCAUUCCUGGCUCAUGUUCACAGUUUAUUGGCUCCUCGUGGCGUGUUGCUUAUUAACGUUUCCUGCCGCGACAGUGGUCUAUACAAGGAGAUCGUUGCACGGCUACAGCGUGUGUUCUCGGGCUCUCACGCUGUGCUGGCGCUCAAACCCAGCGAGCAGGAUGUGAAUAGUGUAGUUUUCAUCCGCAAGGCAGACACGAAGGAGCCCGACGCUAAGACGUUGUUGCAGCAGCUCCACGACCAUGGUCGUCGACAUGGUAAGGCUCAGAACGCUCCACGUUACGUUGACGAUGAACUGUGUGAGCUCAUUCGCGACAUCCAAAUCACCAAUUAGAGAAGCCAACACCUGCUUGGAUACCGAGCAGCUUCGUCUUCCCACUCCGCUCGGAACGUGUCAAAGCGAUACAAGUUCCGUUCAGGUCGUGAGAUUUUAAGAUCGGUGGCAAGUGUGUAUCCGUCGA